CAUUUAACGCAUACAGUAUGAUUCAAGUUAAUUAUACAUUACAAAUAGUAGAACAUGCAACACGUUUCUACAAUUUAUUAUACGUUUAUAGAGACAGAUUAGUUGUUAAUUAAGAAUUAAAGGAUAAGCACAAGAAAAGCUCUUAAGGUGUAUGAUGUAUGCAUUCAUUCGAUUUAUCAUUGAUCUAGAAAGUCAGCGGUACCUCACCCCAUUCGUCAUCUGAAUACUGAAUUCCUCAUAGGAAAACAUCCUUGUUCCCCAAGCCACCACUCUUGGACUUCAAACCCUCCCUUUCUUCCUUCACAAUAGAACUCUCCAGAGAGACACUGAAGUCCACCUUAUAAAUCUCUCUCUCUCCCCAAGACAAGAACACGAACAUGGGCACUCUGGUGGGACACGUAGCUCCAGGGUUAGCGUUCCUACUGAUCGGUCUAUGGCACCUCUUCAACCACACAAAGCUCCACGCCCUCAACCCAACCUCCUACACGGCCCAACCAUGGUUCCCCACCCCCAAACUUAGGCACCUGGAGCUCCUCCUCAUCAUGGCAGCCUCCACCGCCUCAAUCUCCAUGGAACUCUUCAUAGGCCCCGACCGCCACCAGCCCUUCGACCCCGACGCCACCAUCCCCUCCAACCACCUCCACAACUUCGAACACGCCUCCAUCUCCCUCGCCUUCCUCCUCUACGCCGCCUCCGCCCUCCUCCUCGACCACUUCCGCCCCCCAUCCAAACAAGCCCUAACCCAACUCCUCGCCGCCGUCGCCUUCGCCCAACAGCUCCUCCUCUUCCACCUCCACUCCGCCGACCACACCGGACCCGAAGGCCAGUACCACUCCCUCUUGCAACUCCUCGUCUUCAUCUCCCUCUCCACCACCCUCCUCGGAAUCCCCAUUACUCACAGCUUCCUUCUCAGCUUCCUUCGUUCUCUCGCCAUACUCUUUCAGGGUAUUUGGCUCUUCGUCAUGGGCCUCAUGCUCUGGACGCCGGGGCUUGUCCCCAAAGGAUGCUUCAUCAACCAAGAGGAGGGUCACCAGGUUGUGCGCUGCUCCGACCACGCCUCCCUCCACCGCGCCCUCUCGCUUGUCAAUAUCCUCUUCAGCUGGUUCGUCAUUGGAGUAACCGCUUUCGGCGUCGCUUUCUACUUGGCUUUCGUCAAGUUCUACGGACAACAAAAGCCACCGUACUUUGCGUUGGAUACCGUCGACAAGUUAAGUGACGAUGUUGAGUCACAAAAGAGAAGCGUAGCUGCCAACCCCAAGAGCUUUAUUCAUGUCGCCACUAACUUUUCGCCUCUUGACAUAGAAAGGUAGAGGGGUGCAAAUUCAAAGCAGAUGUCGCCCUGCUUGGACAAUGGGAACCACAUAGAAAUUAUAAAAAUAAAAAAAAUAAAAAAAACUUUUCAUCGACUAAAACUAGUUUAUGAUAAGUGAAAAAUAAUAUUUUAGGGAAUUUAAUAAUUUAUAUAUCAACUUUUUCUUUUAUUUUUUAUGUGAUUUGUGGUUACUGGUUAGGUGGGGUGAACUGUACAGUGUAUUAGCGUGGUUUGGUGGGGUGCUUCAUUAAUUAAUUGAGCCGCUGAUAAUGUGGUUGGCUCAAGGAAACUUGUUCUUCUGGAUUAUACUAUUUUUUUAUAGGAGUAUGAUUUGAUCU